GCCCAUUUUAAGGCUUGUGGGCCACUGACUCCGACUGGUAUUACUUAACCGACCCGAUUUCUAGGAGCGGAAGUGGAGGAAUUCUUCUUGGUCGCCGUCCACUACUCAUCAGUUCGAGAAUGUCGAAACCCCGGGAAAAAUUAUCCCGCUUGUUCCUGUUUUUCGUCAUCUUACAAUUCUCACAGACUGUGUCCUCAGCCAGGAAAGAAAUUGGCUUUCCAGAUAGGCGCAUUUGCAGAAAUACUGUUCAGGGAAGAUAUUUAUUAUCUGAUGACAAUGGUUAUGUGUGUGAUGCUCUAUCAUUGGAUCCACUCUCCCACUGCUGUCCUGAAAGAGGACAUCAGUUCUCUUGUCAAGGAUGCAACCUUCUUUCACAGUGUUGUAACUCCUAUGAAUUUUGUGUUUCUUGCUGCCUACAUCCUGCUCAAAUACAAAAGGAAAACGUACUAAAAGUGAAAGUAGCAAAGCCAGCAACUGCAGGAACUUAUGCAAGUGUCUUUGACUUUUGUGCUGGAAGGUGUCGCCAUAAUUCUGAAAGUGUGGUUCAUGAAAAUGCUUAUAUUAGUAAUUUCCACCAUUGCUUUUCAUUGCCAUCAAAUUCUUCUGGUACUGGUGGUAUGCUUGUAGAAGCCAGACUACAUGGAAUUAAUGUUAUCAUAGGAAGGCAAGGUGAGUCAUGUGAUGUGGCUUGCAAAUCAAAUGGACAAUCGUGUGUCCUAAAUAAACUUUUGGUGCUCAAUCAGUGUGAUAUUAUCCAAAAAUAUAUGAGCUGCAAAGGAACAUGCAUGCCAAGCAUUGGAGCAGAUCAACCAGCAGAAGUUGCUGAUGAUGCUCCUAAACAUUUGAAUCCAGGAGCCUGCUUGUACACUCAAACAGAAUCCUUGCUUUCUUGUGAUGGUUCCCAUCGUCAUACCAGGAGACUUUGCCCAUGUGCGUAGUUUGUUAUCAUGGUAAGUUUGGUUCCUUUUGUAUUGACUAGUAGUUACAUUAUACUUGUGAAGCAGGUCGUAUCAGGACGGAGUGAAUAAGGAAUCUUCAUCUCUUUACUUUUCACGGUGCAUUUCAAUACUUUUAUUUUCUAAAUUCCAUUUUUUUUCUUGUUUUGAAUAUCAGAAAUCAAUGAGAUUUCGUGAUUAUAAUUACAGAGAUCUUUUGCUCGAUUCUCUUAGCUGAUGAAGCAUCAACGAUGAUCAUCAUCAAUUUGCACGCGGUAGUUAUUAAUUCGUGGGUUUUGAACCCAGAGAAGGUUGCCUGUUAUGCUCUAAGAGCAUAGCUUGUACCAUUAAGCCAGAAGCGUCUAAGGUUGGGUUUGAUAUUCUACUCUUGAAUUUUCGCUACUGGGAUGGUUGAACCUACUAAUCUUUCUUUUUCUUUUUCUUUUUUUUUUUUAAAUUAUUUUUUGUGGAUGAGUUUAAUUGAGAGUUUUUGAAAAACCGCAACAAUUCUAAAAAAUUUAUGGGUGCUCUUGAAGUAUUAUGAUAAAUCCAACAACUUAUGAGUGCUAUUGCAUCCCCCUUUUCUGUUACCUCUUUCAAAUCAAUCAUAUACCAUAAGAAUGGAACUAUAGGUUGAACAAGAUAAACUUAUAAACUACUCAAACCUCUCUUUUGAAGCAAGGAAGAAUAGGAAAAGAGCCGUCACUGAACUGUGUAAUUUAUACAAGUGAAUUCAAUGUUUUAAUCUUGGUGUGCGUUUGUCGCUCAACAAUGGUGUUCUAGGUGUCCAAGGAUGUU